UCUGUCUGUAUGGACUCGUUUGCCCUUACGAGAGGUGGAGAGUAUGAGAGGGGUGGGCUUCAGCGGCUGUAUUAUAACAACCGAAUCACACUGAAUUAAGCCUAACUUCAUGGUCAAGGUAAAUGCGGCAGACUUCCUGAACUUUUGACCGAUCGUCGUCUGCAUCAGAAGUGUUUCACUUUGCACCCGGCGUCUCCUCCUCAGCGUGGGCUUAAACUGCACCAGUGUUCGGCUGCUGAAUGUAGGCCAAAGGGCAUGAACACAAGCGCAGUAAUAACUGAUGACAUGGAAAUGCAGCAUGAUCCAGAUUUGCAGUUUAAACUGGCUUAUUCAGAUUCAGAAAGAAUUGACACAGGCAUUAAAACCCCAGCAAGAGGCCAGUGGUCCAGUAAAGUGGAGUUUAUCUUAGCUGUUGCUGGCCAAAUCAUUGGUUUGGGAAAUGUGUGGAGAUUUCCAUAUCUGUGUUACAAGAAUGGAGGAGGAGUGUUUUUCAUUCCAUAUGUGGUCUUUCUGUUUGCCUGCGGCAUUCCUCUUUUUCUUAUGGAGACUGCUUUGGGUCAGUACACCAGCCAAGGGACUGUUACCUGUUGGAGGAAGAUCUGCCCACUAUUUGAAGGUCUGGGUUAUGGGAGUCAAGUGGUCGUCUUCUAUUCCAGUGCCUACUACAUCAUCAUUUUGGCCUGGGCUUUCUUCUAUCUCUUCUCUUCUUUUAGUGGUGAACUACCAUGGGCUAGCUGCAGGAACUGGUGGAAUUCAGAGAACUGUGUUGAGUUUGACCAAAUGCGAGGGACAAGAAACCUGAGCUUUAUGGAGAAUGCAUCAUCACCUGUUAAAGAAUUUUGGGAGAGGCGAGUAUUGAAUAUAACUGGAAGUGUGAAUGAGCUGGGCAGUUUGAGAUGGGAGCUGGCUCUGUGUCUUCUACUGGCCUGGAUCAUUUGCUACUUCUGUGUGUGGAAGGGAGUGAAGUCCACAGGCAAGGUUGUAUAUUUCACUGCUACAUUUCCAUAUGUUAUGCUGCUGGUGCUUCUGAUUCGAGGUAUUACGUUGCCUGGAGCCAUCGAUGGCAUCAACUUCUACCUCUACCCAAACCCAGCACGCCUUGCAGACCCACAGGUGUGGAUGGAUGCUGGAACACAAAUAUUUUACUCUUACGCUCUCUGCAUUGGGUGCCUUACAGCUUUGGGAAGCUACAAUAAAUACAACAACAACUGCUACAAAGAUUGUGUUUACCUGUGCCUGCUGAACAGUGGAACCAGCUUUGUAAGUGGCUUUGCCAUCUUUUCAGUUUUGGGCUUCAUGGCCUUUGAACAGGGGGUUGAUAUCUCAACGGUAGCAGAGUCAGGUCCUGGUUUGGCCUUCAUUGCAUAUCCUCGAGCUGUAUCUAUGAUGCCUCUGUCUCAGCUGUGGUCCAUAUGUUUCUUCCUCAUGAUUAUUCUGCUGGGGCUUGACAGUGAGUUUGUGGCUUUGGAGUCUCUCAUGACAGCCAUAACAGACAUGAACUCCAGUUUCUUCCUUCAAGGACACCGUCGUAAACUCUUCCUCCUCCUCAUUUGUGUGUGCUGCUUCCUCGUUGGCCUCCUGAUGGUAACAGAGGGUGGCCUGUAUAUCUUCCAGUUAUUUGAUUACUAUUCCUGCAGUGGAAUGACCCUCCUCCUUUUUGCCAUUGCACAGUCAGUAUGUAUUGGCUGGUUUUAUGGUGCUGAUCGUCUGUAUGAAAAUAUUGUUGACAUGAUCGGUUAUCGUCCUUUGACAUUAAUGAAAUACUGUUGGAAAUACGUCACUCCAAUUGUGUGUAUAGGCACAUUCGCCUUCUCUUUGGUCAAAUUCACUCCUCUAAAGUUUAACAACACAUCUGAAUACCCGUGGUGGGGUUAUGCGGUUGGCUGCUGGUUCACCCUCUCCUCAACAUUGAUGGUUCCAAUAUGGAUGAUCUAUGUUGUCCUAAUCACUCCUGGUACAUUGAAACAGAGACUGCGUAUCCUUUGCACUCCAGCAAGUGAUCUACCUUUGACAUCAGAGAGACAAAAAGAAACCCUGUGACAAAUAGCAAAAAAAAAAAAAUAUAUAUAUAUAUAUAUAUAUAUAUAUAUAUAUAUAUAUAUAUAUAUAUUAUCAUGAGGCAGUGGACCAACCCCAUUUUGGAUGGACCAAUGUUCAUUACAGUUGGUAUAUGAUUAGAAAAUGUUGGAUAAUGUGUUAUUUUCAGUAAGAGAGACUAACCAGAGCAGCUCGCUAUGACAGACUUUGUGCCUUGUAAAAGAAGUACAAGGGACGUUUGGUUCAUUUCAAUCAAAUGUUAGGGUGUAACAGUAUUUUAUAAUAGCAACACUUUUUUUAGGUUUCUGUGGGUCAGUCAUGUAACACUUUGCUGUUUUGUGCCUGUAGUCGAGUGCUGAUUUUUUGAGAAAGUGUUACAGAAAGUAAAUUAUGUUGGGGGUUUUGUAUUACAAAUAUUACAACAUUUGUAAUAGAUUCAAGAAAAUAGAUUCGCCAAGAAAAUUCAUAUUUUGCUACUUAAAUCUGCUUAGAUGUUCAGUCUAUAUUCUAUAUUCUACAAUCUAUAUUUUUAGUAAAAUGCUUAAUUUAAGGUAAUAUCGAUAGGUCAUUCAAGCUUAUGUACAUUUUUAGAACUGAUGCACUAGAAAGGCCAGUGGUUAAUGUUUUAAUAAAUGCUCUAUUCAAAUCAAGAGUCAAAUUAUUGAAAAUGAUUGCUGGUUGAAAUGGGUUGGUGACAGCAGCUUGUUUUUACUUUAAAGAUUUUUCUGAAGCAUCCAGGCAAAUAUUAAACAGCUAGGUGAAAGAUGAAAGCAGGUUGAAUUUUGAAUUCUUGGAUUAAAAUUGUUAGAGAAUGACGUUAGACAUGAUUGCGGUCAGGCAUGACAGACUGUCAGUUAUAUACUGUACUGCUGUUUAACUGAGGUAUCUUAAUGUGAUUUAUUAAUGUAAAUAAUUAACAGUGUAGUUGAUACAUUAACAGUCAAUGAAAAUUCUACAUUUGAACUGCCACCUAAUUUGCAUGACCAUAGGAGAUUAAAGUUAUAUGCAGCCAUGUUAAGUGGGAAAAAAAACUAAAUCUGGGAUUAAAUCAUGAUUGUUUUGUCUGGUAGAGUUUUUAAAGUAAGUUUGAAACUGUUUAUCAUUCUCAAAAAUGAAAAGCCAGUGAUGGUGCUCUUCUUUAGUCUACAACUGGGUUAAAGGCUGUAGGCCUUCAUACACACUCUGGCCAAAAAGGCCACCCAAACACUGGCAGAGGAUGAAAUAGCGGAAAGUUUGCAAUGCUAAACACUGUAUUCUGGGGAAUGGAGGGGAAUGGUUGUCUUGUGAUUUUAAUUUGUAAAGUGCCGAUUACAAUGUAGAUUCAUUUGUGAAUUAUGCAUGUACAAAUUUUGUUCACAGUUUGGUUUCUUAAAGCAGUAAAUUUUAUGAGUAAUAAAAUGCCAAAGUGAUUAAAUAAACAGAAAAUGUCUACACUA